GGGGUUGGCGGGUGGGUGCGUGGCGGUGGGGGGUUUCGUGCUGUUGGCUUCCGCCGCGAUGCGGGAGCGGAGGCCGCCGGCGGCUGCACCGGCCCGGUGCAAACUGGUGCUGGUGGGGGACGUUCAGUGCGGGAAAACGGCGAUGCUGCAAGUGCUGGCCAAGGACUGCUACCCUGAGACGUACGUACCCACCGUGUUCGAGAACUACACGGCGUGUCUGAGCAGCGAGGAGCAGCGCGUGGAGCUGAGCCUAUGGGACACCUCCGGGUCCCCCUAUUACGACAACGUGCGUCCCCUGUGCUACAGCGACUCCGAUGCUGUUCUGCUCUGCUUCGAUGUCAGCCGCCCCGAAACCUUGGACAGCGCAUCCAAAAAGUGGAAGACAGAGAUCCUGGAUUACUGCCCCAACACGCGGCUGCUGCUCAUCGGCUGCAAAACGGACCUGCGGACGGAUCUGAGCACUGUGCUGGAGCUGUCCCACCAAAAGCAGGCGCCCAUCUCCUAUGAGCAGGGUUGCGUGGCAGCCCGGCAGCUGGGAGCUGAGAGCUACUUGGAGUGCUCAGCCUUCACCUCAGAGAAGAGCGUGCACAGCAUCUUCCGCACCGUGUCCAGCAUCUGCCUGAGCAGAGCCCCCCCGCAGCCCCCCCAGAGUCCCCCCCGGGGUCUCUCCAAGCGCCUCCUCCAUCUGCCCACCCGCUCUGAGCUCAUCUCCUCCGCCUUCAAAAAGGAGAAGGCCAAAAGCUGCUCUGUCAUGUGAAGGGGGGGGGGAGGUGUAAGGAUGUGACCCCCCCCCCCCCCCCCCCCCCCACCUCACCAAACCGCCCCCAGGAUGGGCCGGGGGGGCCAAACGAAGCCGCGGUGCCCACCCCCUCCCCCCCCCCCCCCCCCAAUAAGGAUGGGCUGCCUGCUGCCCUCCCAUCACACUGCAUCCCCCAUCGGUGUGUGCUGGAGCCCAGGGCUGGGGGGCAGCCCCAUAGAGCUGUGGGGUGGAAUUCUGGGGGGGCGGGGGGGGCUCAGGGUGACCCCAUAUAGAAGGAUCAGGCUGCUCCUCAGCCCGGAGGGACUCAUCCUUUUCUUUGAAUGCCCCAUUGGUGUCCAGCUCUGCCCCAUCCCUCAUUUUGCUGCUUAACCCCAAGGGUGGGGGGUGGGGGAGGGGUCCUCCAUAGCCCGAGUGGGGGUCUGGGGGGGGGGGGGGGGGUGGCUGUUUUAUAGGCUGUCUUAUGGGAUGACGACUCAGUUCGAUGUUCGGUGUUAUUAAAAAGCUUUAUUUAUUAUCA